AUGGCUUUAGUUUCUGUGUCGAAGGCCUGUCUCGGCUUGGUGGCCAAGGAAGGGGCCGUGAAGGUUGAUGGAAAGCUGGUCAAGCUCAAAUGCUUGGAGAGAACACUGGCUCUUCAUGGAGACUCCAGAAACUACUUUAAGAUGGACGUGAUCUUGGCGAGCACCUUAGUCGACGCUUACACGCGAAGUGGAAGCCUGAUGGAUGCUCGAAGAGUUUUCGACCAGAUGUGCUCGCACGACGUCAUGUCGUGGACUUCGCUGGUUCAGGCCUGUGUUGAUUGUAGAGAGGAAGACAAGGCACUAGAGCUGUUCCAACGUAUGCAAUGCGAGGGGCAAUGCGCUCACGCCUUCGAGCAUUGUCACAGCAGAACUCAAGGCUUGCAUCCGCGUCGCUGCAAGGGAAGAGGCCACUCAGGUGGAUGGAAAGGCUGUCAAAGUUUCGUCACUGGAGAAAGGGAUUGCUAUCCAUUGCCAGGGAUCCAAACUCCUUCGACACUGGGACUUCGUUUUGGCCAGCAAGAUGUACGCCAAGUGUGGGAGUCUGGUGGACGCCCAGCGAGUUUUCGACAGCAUGCCACACCGUGGUGUAGUCUCGUGGACAGUGCUCAUGUCAGGGGAAGCUCUUCUGUGGGAUCGCUGGAAGUCACUAAAGCCAUUGCUGGGGAAGUAUACAGAUAUGGAGCCGAGAAAGACGUUGUGCUCUCCAAUAGCAUGGUGGACGUCCGCCAGGGCGACGCCGAGAAGGUCCUGGAUGUCUUUCACCGUGCUGUGGACAACGAAGGAGUUGAGCCGGACAGUGUGACGCUGCUGUGCGUCCUCGCUGCGUGCAGCCACGCCGGCAUGGUGACUAGAGGCAGGAAGUACUUCGAGGCAAUUCGAACUAUGGAAAGCGAGUGCGCUCACUUGGAGGACACUCCUGGCUGCUUGCCGGACGUGGAGAGAUGUGGAGACCGGAAAGGUGGCGUUCAAUCACUCGUGAAGAUUGACGACAGAGACACGGCAGCCUACUCUCUCAUGUCCAACCUGCUUGGGAGCGUCGGAUUGUGGGACGAGCAGUCACGGCUCCUGCGAAGUCAAGAGGAACUCUUCGCCCAGCAGCAGGCAGUGGCAUCCUACAUCGACUGCGGAGGAUUGGUGAAAGAGUGA